ACGAGUAACCGCACAGAUGUUUGGUCGUAAGAAGUAAACAAUGUGUAGAACUAAUUUUUGGCAAUAGACGCAUGCGUCAUGUUCACUUGUCGAGCCAGACUUUCGUCUUGGUUUUAAAGUGAAAAGCCAUCAUGGAAUUGGAUGAGGUGAAGAAGAAGCACCACAAGCGGCAAAGUGGGCUGAAAGCUGAAAAAAAGAAGGCAAAAUUUAAGCUAGAAGAUAAUCGAACUGCACAACAAAAAAACCCAAAAGCUUUUAUUGUACAGUCAGCAAGGAAAGCUCACAAGGCAGUCCAAAGAGCCGAAGAUAUCAAAGCCAAAAGACACCACAUUCCCAUUGUUGACAGAACUCCAAUUGAUGCUCCACCAAUUAUUGUAGCCAUUGUUGGUCCACCAAAAGUGGGUAAAACAACAUUACUUAAAUGUAUUGCAAAGAAGUAUUGCCAUCAAAAAUUAAGUACAAUUCAUGGACCAAUUACUGUCUUGGCAGGUAAACAACGUAGAUUAACACUGAUAGAGUGUAACAGUGAUAUCAACUGUAUGAUAGAUAUUGCAAAAGUUGCAGAUUUGGUUUUGCUUUUGGUUGAUGCCAGUUUUGGGUUUGAGAUGGAAAUAUUCGAAUUCCUUAACAUAUGUCAAGUACAUGGAUUUCCACGUGUGAUGGGAGUUCUUACUCAUUUGGAUACGUUCCGUGAUGGGAAACAAAUGAAAAAAAUUAAAAAGCGACUAAAAACUAGGUUUUGGACAGAAAUUUAUCAGGGUGCUAAAUUAUUCUAUUUAUCUGGAGUAGUGAAUGAAGAAUAUCAAAGUCAGGAAGUUCAUAAUCUUUGCAGAUUUAUUUCCAUUAUGAAAUUCCGUCCUCUGCAGUGGAAAAUUAGUCAUCCAUAUUUGCUUGUUGACAGAUUAGAAGAUAUUACAAACAGAGAAUCUUUGAGAGUUAACCCUAAAUGUGAUAGAAACGUUUCUUUGUAUGGAUAUUUACGUGGAACUCCCAUGAAAAACACAACAAAAGUUCAUAUCCCAGGCUGUGGUGAUUACCCUGUUGACGAUGUACAAUUCUUGCCUGAUCCCUGCCCAACUCCUGACAUCUCGAAAAAGAGAACAUUAAAUGUUAAAGAAAGACCAAUUUAUGCUCCAAUGUCAGGUGUCGGAGGAAUCAUAUACGACAAAGAUGCUGUGUACAUUGAUAUGGAUCAAAAAGAUGACGCUCAUAAAACUGAUGAGGGAGAUAAGCAGCCUAACACCUUGCUGUCCAGUUUAAUGAAUGUUCAGAACACUGUUGACAAGAAAAUGUCUGCUAGCCAUUUGACCAUGUUUACAAAUGCAGAACCCAUUCAGUCUCUUGAUUCUAUAGAUGAAAAUGAAUUAUCUGACGAUGAUGAUAACAGCGAAGAGGAAAAUGGUGAAAAAGCAUCAGCUGGGAACUGUGAGGAAGACACUGAUUCAGAAACUGAAGAACCUGCAGCAAAGAAACCAAAGAUAACUAAAUCUGCAAAAUUAUCUCGAGAGGCUGGUGCAGUGCCACCUGGUUCUUCAUCAUCUGAUGAGGAAGAUGAAGCUGAGGAUGAUGAAGAGAGUGAUGAGGAUGAUGAUGAUGAUGAUGAUAACAACUCUCAAGAAAGUGGUGUUGAAGAUUUAAGCUUUGAUGAUAGUCAAGAAAAGGGACAUCUUCAUUGGAAAUCAGACUUAUUAAAAAAGGCUUCCAUCUCCUUCAAGCAAAGACGGUCAGAGAAAAAAAACUUCCGAAAACUGAUAUAUGGUGAUGGUAAGCAUUACUACCAUUUGGUAGUACUUUUGUGUUUUUGCUUUAUUCCUUUUCUAAACCCAUUUAAUAUAAUGUAUUCAGGAGUGACUGUGUGCUUGAAAUAUUUUACAGAUGAAAUAUUUGGGGAUUUUGAAGAUCUUGAAACUGGAGAAACAUACAAAGGGAAAACUGAAAAUGAUGCUGAUGAAAAAGAUGAUGCAAAUGAGGACGAAGAUGAUUCCAAAACAGCUGAAGAAAAACGAAUGGAGAAUAAACUGAAAUUGAAACAAAUGUUUGAUAAAAGUUACGACAAUAAAGGUGAUGAUGAGUUUUAUGAAACGUGGAAAAGCGAGGCAGAAUCACAGGCAAAGUUAAAUAAAGAAGAAUUUACAAAUCUCCCUGAUGAAGUUCGUGUCCAGUAUGAAGGCUAUCGCCCUGGAAUGUAUCUUCGGAUCGAAAUAAAGAAUAUGCCCUGUGAAUUUAUCCAGCAUUUUGAUCCGAGCUAUCCUAUUGUUAUUGGUGGUAUCCAGAACAUCGAAGAAAAUAUUGGCUUUGUCAGAGCUCGCUUUAAGAAACAUCGUUGGUAUAAAAAAAUCUUAAAAUCCAGAAACCCUGUGAUUAUGUCUGUUGGUUGGCGAAGAUUCCAGACACUUCCAGCUUAUUAUAUCCAAGACCAUAACUUUAGGAAUCGUCUUUUGAAAUACACACCAGAACACCUACAUUGUAACACUAUGUUUUGGGGACCAAUUGUUCCUCAAGGCACCGGUAUUUUAGCUAUUGAGACAUUAGACAAUUCUUCACCAGGUUUCUGUAUUGCAGCCACUGGUGUUGUUUUGGAAGCAGAUAAAUCAAAUGAAAUUGUUAAAAAGCUAAAAUUAACUGGAACACCAUACAAAAUCUUUCAGAAGAGUGCCUUUAUUAAGGAUAUGUUCAACAGUCCGCUUGAAGUUGCUAAAUUCACUGGUGCCUGUCUUCGAACUGUCAGUGGUGUGAGAGGCCAAAUUAAGAAAGCUGUUAAAAAUCCGCCUGGGGCCUUUAGAGCAACAUUUGAGGAUAGGAUUGUAAUGAGUGAUAUUGUCUUUGUUCGAACCUGGUAUCCUGUUGACCUCCCAAGAUUCUACAACACUGUUACAUCCCUACUUCUGUCACCAAGUGAAAAGAUGUCUUGGAGAGGUAUGAGAACAGUAGGACAAAUCCGAAAGGAAGAGAAUAUUCCUGUUCCGCAUAAUAGCGAUUCAGUUUAUAAGAAAGUGGAGCGUAAAGAGAAAUCAAUGAAGCUAUUUAAAAUUCCUCAAGAUUUGAAACAAGCUUUACCUUUUAAGAGCACCCUGAAGAAUACUGCCCCCAGAAAGGUUCCCUACAAGAGAGUUGCUGUUGUAAAAGAUCCCAAAGAAGCUAAGGUUGCCAAAUUGAUGAGAAUGUUUAGAGAGCUACACAAGCAUAAAGAACGAGAGGAACGGAUGAAAAUGAGGGAGAGGGUCGACAAACAUCGUGCAGUUCUUGCCAAAGAAGAGGAAAAGAAAGUCCAGCGAUUGAAAGACAUAAAGAAAGUUGUCUACCGCAGAUUAGGAAAGAUGGAAAAACAGAAAGAAGCUAUGGAAGAGAAAAAUUGAUUUGAUGGAAAGUGAGUGUGUGUGUGUGUGUGUGUGCGGGAGUGCAUGAAAGUGGGAUAGGGUGGGGAGAUAGUCACUUGUUAAAAAAAAAUGUCCAGAAGAAUGGCAGUGGUGUUUGUUUGUCUUCGUACAAGAGAACUAAAGGGAAUGUCUGUUCUGCUAUCAGCAGUAUAACUGAGUGCAAUGGUUUAAUGACUCCAUAUGUGUCAUUACAUUGGUUUAUCACUGUACAGAUUCAAUAAAAAAUAUGAAGACUUA